AGCUGUGGACUGUGGUUCUUUGCAUAGAUAUUUUGUUUGUGGUGGGUACAGCGGGAAAAUCGAUCGAUAUUUCGUACAGUGCGAAGGCAAACUCCGUUCGGUAGUGAAUUACUAAAGCAAUAUUAUGUUCGUUUGUGGUUUAGUGUAAAAACAAGUGUAACUGUUAAUUAAUUAUAACUGUAAUCACAGCAUAACAAUAUGGCUUUAUUUGUAAAAACGUUUUAUCUCGCUUUCUUCCUGGCCGCCACAGCAGAGUUCGUGUGGAAGCAUCACAAUAAUGAAGAAAUACCCGCAAUUUUUGAGGAAAUACACGAAAAGUGUCCUAAUAUUACAAGAGUAUAUUCUUUAACCGAAACAUCUGUGAGGGGAGUUCCUUUGUACGUUAUUGAAUUCACGGAUAAACCUGGGUUUCAUCAAGCUUACAAACCAGAGGUAAAAUAUGUUGGAAAUAUACAUGGCAAUGAAGUCCUCGGUCGGGAGCUACUGCUGGGCUUAGCCAACUAUCUCUGUGAGGAAUAUAAUAGGCAUGACCACCGCAUUAGGGCUCUUAUUCAUAAUACUCGCAUACAUUUGCUACCCGCCAUGAAUCCAGAUGGCUGGCAAUUAGCUACUGAUACGGGUGGUCAAGACUUUUUGAUUGGUAGAUACAACAACCAUUCCGUGGACUUAAACAGAAAUUUCCCUGACUUAGAUACUAUAACAUUCAAGUUUGAACGUCAGGGUAUUAAUCACAACAAUCACAUAUUAAAGGACCUCACACGGCUCAGUGCUCCACUUGAGCCGGAGACAAGGGCUGUGAUGCGAUGGAUUAUGGCAGUGCCGUUUGUCCUUAGUGCUGCGUUACAUGGUGGUGAUCUUGUAGCUAAUUACCCAUAUGAUGAGAGCAAGAGCGGUGCACCGGUGUCUGAAUACUCUGCCAGCCCUGACGAUGAUACGUUCAGGGAGCUCGCUAUGGCGUACGCGUCCGCACACGCUGACAUGGCGUCUGCAACGCGGCCGGGGUGCCGGCAGGCGGGUGAGGCGGCUUACAACUUCGGCAAGCAGGGCGGCGUCACCAAUGGCGCUCAGUGGUACAGCCUCAAGGGGGGCAUGCAAGACUUCAACUACCUCGCAACAAACGCCUUUGAGAUAACCCUAGAGCUGGGCUGCACCAAGUACACAGCUGAGAGGGAGCUGGGUAAAGAGUGGGAGAGGAAUAGAGAGGCGCUCCUAGCGUUCAUAUGGAAAGCCCAUACCGGCGUCAAGGGGAUUGUGAGCGACGAUUCCGGGUAUAUCCAGAACGCUAUUAUAUCUGUGGUCAACAUCACUGGACCGGUGCCGAGACCGAUUCGACAUGACAUCACUACAGGUGCCCUCGGCGACUUCUACCGUCUGCUGACUCCGGGCCACUACGAGGUGACGGCGAGCCACCCCAACUACUUCCCCGUUGCCAAAGUGGUGACAGUUCCUCAUGAUCAGACCGCUGCUGUUGUCCUCAACUUCAAAUUGGAGCCGGUGACGAAUUGGUUCGACGAGUACAGCGGGUUCGGUUACCCGCGCGGGGUGUGGGAGAGCCAGCCCCGCAUAUACAAGCGGUCCGCCUUCGAACAGGUAGCACGAGCGAUGCUCGAGAAACGCGACACACACUAAUACCACGGCCUGAUUACUGAUAUCUAGAUUUAUACAUCGAUGAAGUGAGGAGUGACAUUGAAGUGAUCACUUGGACAAGUGUAACACUUGCACAAGUGCAUUCGGUAGUAUUUACUAAUCUGUGGUAAAUGGUAAUACACUUAUUCAAAUGAGCACUUGGACAAGUGUGAAUGCUUUUAUUUAAUACAUAAAAAUGAGGUGUAUUACACCCAUUUAAAUGAGUAUAUUCAAAUUCACACUUGUAAUUAACACUUGCCAUUUACACUUCAAUUACCUACAUCAAUGUAUAAAUCUAAGAAAAUAUAAAUUAAUUGUAGUUUGGAAGUAGAUAUUUUGCCCAUAUUUUGUAUUAUAUAUUUAUUAAUGUAUAAAUUCGUUUUCUUAAAUUAUAUGGAUGUCACAAAGCUCUCUAUAGUUAUAAGAUUUUAAAAUUUUGAUUACCACAAAAACGACAAAAACAGCGUUCUCAGUUCCUUGUCCUUGUGUAAGUAAUUAUAUUUGAUGUUGUUUGUAAACUAUCAAAUUACCUGUUUCAUUUGAAAGAACAGGUUUGCUGACUUGUUUUGGGUUCUUUUUAUAUUUUGUGUGAAUUUUAUUUGGCCAUGGGGUUUUACUUGAAGGGUUUCGAUUUUUUUCAUUUUAUUCGGGUGCAUUUUAAAGUAAAAGGCAGCUAAUACAUAAUACUUAAACACAAACGAAAAUUAAAUUAUUUGGAUAAUUUCAAAGGUCCUAAAAUAAAUUCAAUUUUAGAAUAACAUAGUAUCUAAUUAUUUUAGAAACGUCUGUCAGGGUUUUUGGCAAAAAAGUUGAUAAAAUUUUAUAAAUUAGUAAGUAUAUUUUUUAAUUAC